AUGGAACAGGAGAAGGACCGAUACGCUUUCGACGCUCCGUCAGAAGUGGUGGACCUCGCGGAGCUCCACAACGCCCCGUGUGACGACGACUGGUUCGAGAAGCGAGAGAGCGGAGGCCUGAGCUCGUCUCUGACUGAAACUCCGCACAGAGAGACUCCACUGGCCUCAGUUGCAGAUGCUCCUCCUUCAAACAUCGUGACGUCGUGGGGAAGCUCCAAACCCUCCACCAGUCUCCAGCCACAGAGAGUGUCCAAACGCAAGAUGGAGGAGAGUGGUCCUCCGGAGAAGAAGCAGAGGAAGAAUCCCGAAGCCCAGCCCCUCCGGAGGUCCGCCCGCAGGAGCCCACAGGGACCUGCCCUCCGGAGGUCCGCCCGCAGGAGCCCACAGGGACCAGAGAGGAAGCCCACCACUGUCCCCAAAAGUCUGAGAGCCACAAAGAGCACCUCCUGCCUGCCCUCCACCUCUACCUCCACAGAGCUGUCCUCGGAGGAGAUGGAGGUGCAGAGGAUGAAGCAGCUGCAGAGAGAAGUGGCUCUGCACCGGAAGAAGAACGAGGCCAGUUACAAAGCAGCGUUAGCCGGGAAUCCUCCGCCCGUGAAGCUCGCCAUCGCCCCCACGAUCCCCCGAGAGUUCAACUUCAAGACCGACGCCAGAAUCAAGUCUGUCCCAAACAACAGCACGACCAGAGACGAGACCUUCAUCCAGCAGCUGCGCAAACCCUACUCUCCCGUGAAGGCGUCUAAAGGAGCCACGGUUCCCAAACCCUUCAACUUGUCAUCGAGCCGCAGCAGGAAGGAGAGCGCCCCCUACGUGCCCAUGGCUCAGCAGAUACAAGAGUUCCAGAAGAGGACCCCCGAGCGCUACCACCAGCCCAGCCGCCAGGCCACCCAGAGAGGCCCCUCCCCGGUGAAGGCCACCCACAGACCCACAGUGAAGGAGCCCACGGUCCCUGAGGGCUUCCAGCUGCAGAUCGAGAAGAGGCUCCAGGAGAGACAGGCCAAGAAGCCUCCCCCAGAGGAGGAGGAGGAGGAGCCCCCACAUCUGUUCAAAUCUCAGCCUGUGUCCAAGAAGAUGCUGGAGGGAGUGGUGGGCGUCCCAGAGAAGAAGCUUCCGUCUCUCACUGUCCCAGAGUCUCCUGCGUUUGCUCUGAAGAAGAGGAUCCGACUGGAGCCGCCUCAGGUCCAGCAGGUGAAGCCGCCCUCCCCCAUCAGAGGCCCCCCCGUCCCCCACUUCGGCCUCCCCUUCCAGCCUAAGCUCCCGGAGCAGCACCAGGUGGAGCUGUGUCCUUUCUCCUUCGACCGGAGAGAGCAGGAGAGGAGAGCGCUGAAGGAGAAGAGGCUGCAGCAGCUGCGCAACCAGGAAGUCCCUAAGUUCAAGGCCCAGCCUCUGCCAGACUUCAGUGAAGUGGCGCUGCCAGAGAAGAAGAAACCAGAAGUCACCAAACCAGAACCCUUCAACCUAAUCAUCGACACCAGAGGAGCAGAGAAGACCAGCCGCUUCGAAAACAAGGUGCAGGAGGAGCAGAAGCAGCGGGAGGAGGCCACACAGUUCAAAGCUCGACCCAACGUCGUGACGCACAAGGAGCCGUUUAAACCAAAGGAGCGCGGAGACACCAGUUGUGUUGUGGCCCCUGGCUUCCAGCUGCUGACCGAGCGCAGAGCUCUGGAGCGACAGGACUUUGAGCGACGAGUGAACGAGAAGGAGGCACUGAGGGCUCUGAUGGAGGAGCAGCAGAGGAGAGAGGAGGAGGAGAGGGAGAGGGAGGAGAUCACACGGCUGCGGCAGGAGCAGGUGCACAAGGCACAGCCGGUAAAGCACUACCGCUGUGUGAAACUGAAGAAGAGCGAGACGCCGCUGACGCUGCCGCAGUCUCCAAACUUCUCCGAUCGCUUCCGGAUGUGA